GGGGAGCAGAGGCCAACGAGAGGGAGAGGAGGACAGGGGGAAAGGGAGAGGAGGAUAGGGGGAAAUGGAGAGGAGGACAGGGGGAAAGGGGAGAGAGGACAGGGGGAAAGGGAGAGGGGACAGGGGAAAGGGAGAGCAGGACAGGGGGAAAGGGAGAGGAGGACAGGGGAAAGGGAGAGGAGGACAGGGGAAAGGGAGAGGAGGACAGGGGAAAGGGAGAGGAGGAUAGGGGAAAGGAGAAGAGGACAGGGGAAAGGGAGAGGAGGACAGGGGGAAAGGGAGAGGAGGACAGGGGAAAGGGAGAGGAGGACAGGGGGAAAGGGAGAGGAGGACAGGGGGAAAGGGAGAGGAGGACAGGGGGAAAGGGAGAGGAGGACAGGGGAAAGGAGAGGAGGACAGGGGAAAGGGAGGAGGACAGGGGGAAAGGGAGAGGAGGACAGGGGGAAAGGGAGAGGAGGACAGGGGGAAAGGGAGAGGAGGACAGGGGGAAAGGGAGAGGAGGACAGGGGGAAAGGGAGAGGAGGACAGGGGAAAGGGAGAGGAGGACAGGGGGAAAGGGAGAGGAGGACAGGGGGAAAGGGAGAGGAGGACAGGGGAAAGGGAGAGGAGGACAGGGGAAAGGGAGAGGAGGACAGGGGGAAAGGGAGAGGAGGACAGGGGGAAAGGAGAGAGGACAGGGGAAGGGAGAGGACAGGGGGAAAGGGAGAGGAGGACAGGGGGAAAGGGAGAGGAGGACAGGGGGAAAGGGAGAGGAGGACAGGGGGAAAGGGAGAGGAGGACAGGGGGAAAGGGAGAGGAGGACAGGGGGAAAGGGAGAGGGGGACAGGGGGAAAGGGAGAGGAGGACAGGGGAAAGGGAGAGGAGGACAGGGGGAAAGGGAGAGGAGGACAGGGGAAAGGAGAGGAGGACAGGGGGAAAGGGAGAGGAGGACAGGGGGAAAGGGAGAGGAGGACAGGGGGAAAGGGAGAGGAGGACAGGGGGAAAGGGAGAGGAGGACAGGGGAAAGGGAGAGGAGGACAGGGGGAAAGGGAGAGGAGGACAGGGGGAAAGGGAGAGGAGGAUAGGGGGAAAGGGAGAGGGGGAACUGAGGGGCAUGAGAGGGGGAACUGAGGGGCAUGAGAGGGGGAACUGAGGGG